AUGGCAUGGCUUGAAUGCCCCGCGGCCGUCACCCCCUCAACCUUGGAUGCCUGCCCCCCGGUGUGUGCUGCAGCGGCUUGCUUGCUUGCUUGCUUGCCCGCGGCUGUUACUGCCGCGGGCUCUGCUUGUUCGCUGUUACCUCCGCUGACACUCCGCACUGCACUUUGGCUAUCGAGUGCCUACCUCGCUCGACUCAUUGUCGUCGAUUGGGCUUCAGGUAGCUUUGUUAUCGCGGCCCUUGGUUGGUUGGUUUCUUACCUGGUACCUGAAGAUGCUGAGGCGCUAUCUCAUUCUUUUCGGACCAGAGCUCCCGCCAUUGCCCGCGUGUUUCCCAACACGUCGGUUCCCUGCUGGCACAUCCGUCACUCAGGGCAGUGA